UCUUCGCGUUUGCCUUCCUCCCUCUUCUCACUUCUAAGCUAUUUCCUUUUCUCUGUUUCUCUUGGCCCCUUUUGCCGCAUUUAUUGUUUCCAUUUUCUCCUAAAAUAAAGAUUCGUUGAAUUCAAGAAGAAAAAGGAGAAGGCGACGACCUCUGAUCGGUGAAUUAUUCGGACGUCACAGAAGCACCUGUCUUUUAGAAUGGUCGAGGGUCAGUUUUGAAGAAAAUUUAUGCGAUUUCUGCAUUUGGUUUCCCUGCUUAGAUCCGUUUAUCUUCGUGUUGGCAUUGAUAAAGCUGGGAAUUUGGUGAAUUUUUUUCAGGUUUUAUUUUAAUGUCGAUGAAUUUGGGGCUAAAGAUCCGAUCGUUGAUUUCAUUAUGAGCAUUCUCCGUAAGGAACCUUAUUGGUUGCGUAUUUUUCGAUUAGGUUUCUAUCGCUGAGGAAUCUUAUUUUUAUACUUUUGCUGAUUUUGAUUGUGUUUGGCUCUGUUGAUGAGUCUUAAUUGCUUCAGAGCUAUUCGCUUCUAUUCUUCCGUCGUUGUCAUUUGGAGUUGGGACUGAUGUCUUAAAAAGAGCAAUUUUUCCUGAGGUCUAGUUGACUUGAGUUGCAUUAAUGGUUCCGAAGGGAUCAUGUCACCCGGCACCGAAUCCUCACCCCCAUUGAUUAUGGACAGCAACUAUACAAGCAAAGAGAUGGGGUCUUUAAACAAUGGUGGCGCAGAAGGUCCUAAGCCUUCAGAGAGCAUGACGGGGGCAAAAGCCAGGAAACCACCUCGACACCUCUCGAUCAUUCGGCAUUCUGUGAGCAGUGCUCGCCUGGGCUUCAAUUUGGGGACUCUUGCCUUGAUUUCUCCGCAGCAAGGACAGACUGGGUUCUGGCCUGUGUUUCGGUCGGGUUGCUGCUCAGAGAUUGGGCCGAAACCACACAUGGAGGAUGAGCACAUUUGCAUUGAUAAUCUCGUCGAAUAUCUUAGAGCUUCUACCAAUUUUCCAUCACCUGGUGCUUUCUAUGGAGUGUUUGAUGGACAUGGUGGUAUAGAUGCAGCAUGUUUUGUUCGAAAUAAUAUCCUUAAAUACAUAAUUGAGGACGUUUAUUUCCCUGCUAGUGUGGAGAAGGCCAUAAAGAAUGCAUUUAUGAAGGUUGAUCAUGCGCUUGCCGAUUCCCGUUCACUUGAUCGCUCUUCUGGAACUACAGCACUUACAGCCCUUAUUUUAGACAGGUCGCUGCUCAUUGCUAAUGCAGGUGAUUGCCGAGCCGUAUUAGGGAAGCGUGGCCGAGCAAUUGAACUUUCCAAAGACCAUAAGCCUAACUGCAAUGCUGAACGGCGUAGAAUUGAGAGGUUAGGCGGUAGUGUUUACGAUGGAUAUCUUAAUGGUCAGUUGUCUGUCGCUAGGGCUCUUGGUGACUGGCACAUGAAAGGCUCCAAAGGAUCUGCCUGCCCGCUUAGCGCUGAACCAGAGUUACAGGAGACAAUUCUAACAGAAGAGGAUGAGUUCUUAAUAAUGGGCUGUGAUGGCAUUUGGGAUGUCAUGAGCAGUCAGUGUGCGGUGACAAUGACUAGGAAGGAACUCAUGCUUCACAAUGAUCCAGAGAAAUGCUCGAGAGAGCUUGUGCGAGAAGCGCUGAAGCGAAACACUUGCGACAAUUUAACUGUCAUGGUCAUCUGCUUUUCCCCAGAUCCGCCCCCUCGCAUCGAGAUCCCUAGAACUCGAGUCCGGAGGAGUAUUUCUUUGGAAGGCCUACAUGUCCUAAAGGGAGCUCUGGACGAUAAUAUAUGAUAUCGGACUUCUAGUUAUCCAUUCUCCUAUUCUGUAGCCUGUAGAGAAUGGAGUCUCUUGACAUUCUUGGCCUUCAUUGGCAAAUGAAGGUAAAUUUUCAGUGAGGCUGUAGGUGAAUUUUGUAGUUAUUCAUUGCGAUGAAUAACAUUUGAUGAGUCUGUAAUUUAGAUAAAUUGUUUUUGAGUAUGUGCUACGUGUUGCAAUUAAUUUUA